CCCCGCCUCCAACCGCACUUCUCGAACCCGGGCCGGUCUUGUUUGAGGCGCGCCUAUUCCUCCGCAUUUCGCAUUUCCAAUCCCAGGCUGCCGGUUAUAUUAGCUUGACUCGUUCCUCCUCUUUUUUUCCUGUCCCUCAUGGCUUUGUUGCAUAAACUUGCUUCUCCCUCGGCUCUUCGCUUCGCUCCCGGUAUAUCGUCACUCCUCGUCAGAAGAGCUUCCACCAUGGCCCCCAAGCUCAGAGAUCCGUCCCUGCUGAAGCAGAACGUCUGCUACGUCAAUGGCGAGUGGGUAGCCGCCAAGUCGGGCAAGACGUUCAAGGUUCACGACCCUGCCACCGGCGAAGUGAUCGGAACAGCCCCCGAGUUCACGCCCGCCGACACCGAGUCCGCCAUCACCGCCGCCGCCGACGCCUUCAAGUCCUUCCGCACGCUGACCGGCCGCGAGCGCGCCAAACUGCUGCGCAAGUGGUACGACCUGGCGGUGGAAAACGCCGAGGACAUUGCCCAGCUCAUCACCUGGGAGAACGGAAAGCCGAUUGCGGAUGCCAGGGGCGAGGCUUCGUAUGCCGCCAACUUCUUUGAGUGGUUCAGCGAGGAGGCGCCGCGCACAUAUGGCGAUGUCAUCCCUGCCACCGUGCCUGGAAACCGGGUGUGGACUAUCAAGGAGCCUGUUGGUGUCUGCGGCUUGAUUACUCCAUGGAACUUCCCCGCCGCCAUGAUCACGCGAAAGAUUGGCCCAGCUCUGGCUGCUGGCUGCACCGUCGUCUGCAAGGCUCCCGGGGAGACGCCCUUCACGGCCCUGGCGCUGGCUGAGCUGGCUCACCGCGCGGGCAUCCCCAAGGGCGUUGUCAACAUCGUGACGACGCUGGACAACACCAUUGCCAUUGGCGAGCAGCUGACGACGCAUCCCACCAUCAAGAAGGUUUCCUUCACCGGCUCCACGACCGUCGGCAAGCUGUUGAUGAAGCAGUCAUCCGGCACGCUCAAGAAGUUGUCCUUGGAGCUCGGUGGAAACUCUCCCUUUAUCGUCUUUGACGACGCAGACAUUGACGUAGCCGUGACGGCGGCCAUCACGUCCAAGUUCCGCUCCUCGGGCCAGACCUGCGUGUGCGCCAACCGAAUCUACGUCCAGGAGGGCGUCUACGAGGCCUUUGUGAACAGGUUUGUCGAAAAGGUCAAGUCCUUCAAGGUCGGCAACGGUUUCGCCGAGGGCACCACCCACGGCCCGCUGAUCCACGACCGCGCCGUCUCCAAGGUCGACGCCCACGUCCAGGACGCCAUCAAGAAGGGCGCAAAGCUCCUCGUCGGCGGCCAGAAGCUGCCCGACAUUGGCUCCAACUUCUUCGACCUCACCGUCCUGCGCGACAUGACGGCGGACAUGCAGCUCGCCUCUGAGGAGACGUUUGGCCCCGUUGCCGGUCUCUUCCCGUUCAAGACGGAGGCCGAGGUCGUUGCGCUGGCCAACAACUCCGAGGUCGGCCUCGCUGGCUACUUCUGCUCCCGCGACCUCGAGCGGGUACACCGAGUUGCCGAGGCUCUGGAGGUUGGCAUGAUUGGUGUCAACACGGGCAUCAUCUCCGACCCGGCGGCGCCGUUUGGUGGUGUCAAGGAGAGCGGCUUCGGCAGGGAGGGGUCAAAGUAUGGUAUUGCAGAGUACCAGGUCACCAAGAUGAUUACCUACGGCGGCAUGGGCAAGCCUCUGCAGAGCUAAUUGUAAGAGUAGAUUAGCGUUGUUUUUGACAUGAUGAAAUCAAAAUAAUGAGACUGUACAUA